UCACUCUUGUUACUCAACCAAUUAAUUAAUACACAAGAAACAUCUAUUUCCUCUCAAUUUCCCUCUAAAGCUACACUUCUAAGUUCUAUUAAUCAAUUUCAAGAAUCACUAAUACUCAAGAUGAGUUCAUCAAGCAGAGCAUGGACAGCUGCAGGAAGUGUUGGAGUUGUUGAAGCAUUGAAAGAUCAAGGUAUUUGCAGAUGGAAUCAUGCCAUAAAGUCUCUUCAAAAUCAUCUUAAAAAUAAUGUCAGAUCAUUUUCUCAAGCAAACAAGCUCUCAUCAUCCUCUUCUUCUUCUUCUGCUAUGGUUUCUAAUUCUAACAGACAAAAACAGAAUGCAAAACAAUCAGAGGAAUCUUUGAGAACUGUUAUGUACUUGAGUUGUUGGGGUCCCAAUUAAGAUCUAUGUACAAAAUAUUUUGAUUAUUCAAUAUUCAAUUGAAUGUAUUAUUGAAGGAAUUAGAUGAGCAAAUAAGGGAAAAGCUUUUGAUCAAGAUUCAUUGUCUGAAACAAAUAAGUGAAUGAAAUGAAUCAUCCUUUUGUUGCUUCCUGAAAUAGAAA